AUGAAGUAUUCCUUAAGCCCUGACAACUACUCUGAAGAUGGAAUUAUGAAUAUGGCAACUUUUCUAAGGGGCUUUGAAGAAAAGGGGAUAAAGAAUGACAGGCCUGAGGACCAGCUGAGUAAAGAGAAAAAGAAGAUUCUCUUCUCCUUCUGUGAGGUGUGCAACAUCCAGCUGAACUCUGAAGCCCAGGCCCAGGUCCAUUACAAUGGCAAGUCUCACCGCAAGCGCGUCAAGCAGCUAAGUGAUGGACAGCCCUCAUCCCCGGCCCAGGGCUCCGCGCCGCCACCCCCAGCCAGCCCCGGUACCCACAGCAGCACAGGUAGUACAUGCCACACUACUACCCUUCCUGCUCUUGUGCGCACACCUACCCUGAUGAUGCAGCCUUCACUGGAUAUCAAACCGUUUAUGUCGUUUCCAGUGGACAGUAAUUCUGCUGUUGGGCUCUUUCCAAAUUUUAACACAAUGGAUCCUGUGCAAAAAGCAGUCAUUAACCACACAUUUGGAGUAUCCAUUCCCCCAAAGAAGAAACAAGUUAUUUCUUGUAAUGUCUGUCAGCUUCGCUUUAACUCGGAUAGCCAGGCCGAGGCCCACUACAAAGGAAGUAAACAUGCCAAGAAGGUCAAAGCACUAGAGGCAACGAAAAAUAAACCCAAAAUGGUUUCUUCCAAGGACAGCGCAAAGGCUAAUCCCAGCUGCUCCAUCACUCCAAUCACAGGCAACAACUCUGACAAAUCAGAAGAAAAAGGGAAGUUAAAAGUCAGCAUUUCCAAUCAAGUAUCAAGUUCUGAAGGUGGCUCCUUUCUUCUCAAACCUGGCACCACACCCCUGCCACCUGGAGGAGCCACUUCUCCCUCCAAGAGCACCAAUGGAGCGCCUGGUACUGUUUCUGAAUCAGAAGAAGAAAAAGCCAAAAAACUGCUAUAUUGUUCACUAUGCAAAGUGGCUGUGAACUCCCUGUCACAGCUAGAGGCACACAACACAGGAUCUAAACACAAGACUAUGGUUGAAGCUCGUAAUGGGGCUGGCCCAAUUAAGUCCUAUCCAAGACCUGGAUCAAGAUUAAAGAUGCAGAAUGGCAGUAAGGGGUCAGGACUACAGAACAAGACAUUUCAUUGUGAAAUCUGUGAUGUUCACGUUAAUUCAGAAAUUCAACUCAAACAGCACAUUUCUAGCCGAAGGCAUAAGGAUCGAGUUGCUGGGAAGCCAUUAAAGCCGAAAUACAGCCCUUACAACAAACUCCAGCGGAGCCCAAGCAUUUUAGCAGCCAAACUUGCAUUCCAGAAGGACAUGAUGAAGCCCCUGGCCCCGGCCUUCCUGUCCUCGCCCCUGGCGGCGGCCGCCGUGUCCUCCGCGCUGUCUCUGCCGCCGCGGCCGUCGGCCUCGCUCUUCCAGGCCGCGGCCAUCCCGCCCGCUCUGCUGAGGCCGGGCCACGGCCCCAUCCGCGCGACCCCCGCCUCCAUCCUCUUCGCCCCGUACUGA